CGAGGAGGAAGAGGCCUUGCCCGGCUGGCCGUCCGGCGACCCGCGGCUGAGCGUCCUGAGCGAAAUUCUCCACCGCUUACGCAAUGGAUGAUUUGGACAGCAGCAACACGUUUAUUCAGAGGCUGGAUUUUUCCAGUUGUGGAGAAGACAAUGAAUUGGAAGAAGACAAUAGUAUGCGAGAGGAAGAGCAAGGAAAUGUGACCCCUCAGAAAAACUGGGCUUCUCAGAGCUGGAGAACUAACUGUCCUGUCCCGGUUACCCCACAGAGGCCACUAAACGAUUACCCCCGGACUCGCCCAAAGUCAUGGGCAAGUCCUGUGAGGGAACAUAAAGGAUCUCUGAGAGAGAAUGCUGUCUUUUCAGAAGAGUAUCCUGGAACUCCAUUGCACUACGUCACUUGGCAAAAGCUGCAGCUUUGUGAUACACCGCAUACUCCAAAGAGUCUCUUAACCAAGACGACUUUCCCUUCACCGGUGGGGAAGUUCCCCUCCAAAGGGAUGAGAAACUUGCGGUUCACUUCUUGUGCUGAGCUGGAGGAGCCUGUCUCAGCCUCAUUGGUUAACAUUAACCCAUUUACACCCGAAUCGUAUCGGCAAAUGGUUUUCCAUCCCUGUGGCAAAAGAAAAGCCAGAGGGGAAUUGGAAGAUCCCAGCCAAAGAGGGAGCGAAGUAGAGCAGGGGGUGCCAGCCAAGAGGUUUCUCCUGCGGGACAACAACAUGGUUUCCCGCUACAAGAAGGAGUUCCUGGAGCUGGAAAAAAUCGGUGUAGGGGAAUUUGGCUCCGUCUACAAGUGCAUCAAAAGGUUGGACGGCUGUGUCUAUGCCAUCAAGCGCUCCAAGAGACCCCUUGCUGGAUCUUCUGAUGAGCAAAUGGCUUUGCGGGAAGUCUAUGCCCAUGCGGUGCUUGGUCACCACCCCCAUGUGGUACGCUACUAUUCUGCCUGGGCAGAAGAUGAUCACAUGAUCAUUCAGAAUGAACACUGCAAUGGUGGGAGCCUUCAGGAUGUGCUUUUAGAAAACUCAAAGACUGCCGAUUACCUCAAAGAAUCUGAGCUGAAGGAAAUCCUCCUGCAGGUCUCCAUGGGGCUGAAAUUUAUUCACGCCUCAGGCCUAGUUCACUUGGAUAUCAAACCCAGCAAUAUUUUUAUUUGUCGCAAGCUGGUUGGAUCUGCUGGUCAGGAAGAGAGUGACAGUGAAGAAGACGGAUUUGCCUCUUCUAAUGUGGUAUAUAAAAUUGGGGACCUAGGACAUGUGACAUCAGUGACCGAUCCUCAUGUGGAGGAGGGGGAUAGCCGCUUCUUGGCCAACGAAGUCUUGCAAGAGCAAUACUGCCAUCUGCCUAAGGCAGACAUCUUUGCCCUUGCAUUAACCAUUGCACUAGCAGCAGGCUGUGCACCUCUGCCCCACAACGAUACCAUGUGGCACCACAUCCGGAAAGGCAACCUGCCACUUAUCCCUCAACAGCUUUCACAUGGCUUUACGGAACUGCUCAAGCUUAUGAUUCAUCCUGAUCCAGUUGCCAGACCUUCAGCUGCUGCGUUAACCAAACACCCUGUCUUACGGCCUUCUCUUGGCAAAGCCGCCCAACUUCAGAAGCAACUAAAUGUGGAGAAGUCCAAAACAGCGAUGCUAGAAAGGGAGCUGAGAGCCAUCCGUUUUGCUCAAACCUUCAGAAAGGAUCCCUCUUUGGAACCUACCAAGCCUGAAGCUUCUGGAGCCGGUUCAAAGCACCAGAGUGGCAAGAAGCGCCUGGUGGGAGGGAAAAGCGCCCGGUCAUUCAGCUAUACUUGCGGUGGCUACUGAAGAGCGAGCUGUUCGGGUUUCUUCAAGCCGCUGGAACAUGUUCCUUGAAGCAGAGUCUCUUCUGAUGAAAGGCUCAUAUGCAGUGUGUUUGUCAUUACAUUCAUGAUAAGCAAACUGAGUACUGAUCUCUGAUCAAUUAGUAUGAAAACAGCUGUCCAUUCUGCUUCACCAGCCUCGUCUCCUAUAUUCUGUCCUAGGAAACUAGGCAGUCUAUGCACCCCUAGAUUAUGAAAGGAGCCGUUUGUUUUCUCUAGCUUUGUUUAAGCUAUUUUAAGGACCCCUGGAUUUAAUACUCGGCAUUGAGAAUGACCACUAGUUAUGGGUAGGGGAAUGCCUGUUGGUCUGUAUGUAGUUUGUUUGAGGUGGUUUUAUUUUCAGCUCACUGUAGCAAUACUGCCAUUUGUCUAAGACAGACUUCUUUGCCCUUGCCUGAAGAGUCAAAGGAAGUAAACUGGGCCACAGCAUACUUAAUGCAGAAGUUCUAAUGAACAAGAUCCAUCAGAAACGAAUGAAGUAGCCUCAUGCCAAGGGGUGUUAAGGAAAACAUAACCUGAUUUGGGGGAAAGUUGCUUCCAUUUGUAAUUUUUCUUCCUUUCCCCUGUUAAUUCUAAUAAUGGAAAAAUAUCAGGCAACCUUGUCUUUAAAGACUUUUUUUAGCCCAGGGUAGAACAUCUCUUUUAUUCCCAAUGUGGUAAUCAAUGACUGACUUGCUAACAGGUGUAGGCUCUGUCUACUUGCAUGCGUCUUGAGGGUGGGGGUGUUAGUGCGUGUACGUGUUUGCGUGUGGACACAAUGAAGGGAGACUAAUUCUUUUAGAACUCCUCAGUUUCCUGGGGAUUACAUUAUGUAACUGUUCAUAAUAAAAUAAAGUAAACAUGCCCCAUGUGGUGUAGCAUCUGAUAUUGUCUCAUGAACACCCCCCUGCUGCUCCGCGAACGAGCCCAGUCUUAGAAGCUUCAUGUCUUCAGA